CUGCGAUACCUGCACGCUGCAAUCCAAAAGUAUCUACAAAAUGAAAUUGUUGCUGGCCGCUGUUCUGCUGCUUGGCCUCUCAGUUUUGGCCAGUAAGGAGCCUAACGAAAUUAAAAUUGGGAACGAGUGUGCCAAGGACAACCAUGUCCAUAGGAAGGUGGCGCUGGACCUUAUAAGGAACUACCGUUUGAAAAAGAAAACUCACAAUAUCAAGUGCUUCGUAAACUGCAUCUUCGAGCGAACCCACAUAUUGGAGAAAAUGAAGGAAAAACAUGCAAAAAAAAAGCACGACUGCGAUUCCAUCGAAGAUGCUGAUAAGUGCGUAGAAUCCUUCGAAAAAUUCCGAUGCUUCGUUAAGAUUGAGAUGAAAGUGAGUAGGAGCAAAAGAUUUUAACAAUAAACGAACAUCAGUUGUACGAAAAGAAA